UAAGCAAACACUGAUAUGAUAAUUAAUACGGAUUAAACAGAAACCUCCACUACCCACACCCCACUCCCAGCCCCCACCACCGCAAAAAAAAAGAAAAGAAAAAGAACAUGUAAAACAACUGAGAGUUGUAAAGAGAGACACAGAGAGUUGUAAAUUUGAUGUAUAUACUUGUAGAUAUCAUUGAAAAAAAACAAAUUAGGGGUUUUGCAGUGUUUUCUGUUCUUGAUUUAAUUUGAAACUCAUAUCUGAGUUGGGGACUUACAAAGCAAAAUAAAGCAGGAAAGCCAAUAAAAGGAAGUGUUGGAAAAAAAUUUCAUGCCAUUGCAAUGGCAAACAAAAGCUUGGGGGACAAUAGGACCAGGACUUCUGUGUCAAUAUUUAUUGUAGCUGGUCUCUGUUGCUUCUUCUAUUUGCUUGGAUCAUGGCAGAGAAGUGGCGUUGGGAAGGGAGAUAGUAUAGCUCUGGCAGUCACCAAGAGUGGUGAGAACUGCAAUAUCCUACCAAAUCUCAAUUUUGAGACUCGUCAUGGUGGCCAAGCAGGUAGUAUUGAUGAUUCAGGAACAGAAGUCAAAAAAUUUAAGCCAUGUCGUCCUCGUUACACUGAUCAUACACCAUGUCAAGAUCAAAAGCGUGCUAUGCACUUCCCAAGGGAAAAUAUGAUCUAUCGAGAAAGGCAUUGUCUGCCUCCAGAAAAGAAGUUGCAUUGCCUUAUUCCAGCACCUAAGGGGUAUGUCACCCCAUUUCCAUGGCCAAAGAGUCGGGAUUAUGUUCCAUAUGCGAAUGCCCCCUAUAAGAGCUUGACGGUCGAGAAGGCCAUUCAGAACUGGAUUCAGUAUGAAGGUAAUGUGUUUAGGUUCCCUGGAGGAGGGACACAGUUUCCUCAAGGAGCAGAUAAGUAUAUUGAUCAGCUUGCUUCAGUAAUCCCAAUUCAAAAUGGAACUGUUCGGACUGCUCUGGACACUGGUUGCGGGGUCGCAAGUUGGGGUGCUUAUCUCUGGAAAAGGAAUGUCAUCGCAAUGUCAUUUGCUCCACGAGACUCACAUGAAGCUCAGGUUCAGUUUGCUCUUGAAAGGGGUGUACCUGCUGUUAUUGGCGUCCUAGGAACAGUCAAAAUGCCAUAUCCAUCUAGGGCCUUUGAUAUGGCUCAUUGUUCUCGCUGUCUAAUCCCAUGGGGAGCUGCUGAUGGAAUCCUCAUGAUGGAAGUUGAUAGAGUUCUUCGACCUGGUGGCUACUGGGUGCUUUCUGGCCCUCCGAUCAAUUGGAAGACUAAUUACAAGGCCUGGCAACGCCCCAUGGAGGACCUUCAGGAAGAACAAAGGAAGAUUGAAGAGAUUGCCAAACUUCUUUGCUGGGAGAAGAAAUCUGAGAAGGGUGAGACUGCUAUUUGGCAGAAAAGGAUGGAUGCCGACUCAUGCCGUUCUACACAAGAAGAUUCUGAAGCUACACUUUGUAAAUCGACAGAUCCAGAUGAUGUCUGGUACAACAAAAUGGAAACAUGCAUAACACCAAGCAAAGGCAAUGGUGAUGAUGAAGGUCUAAAACCAUUCCCUGAGAGACUUUUUGCUGUUCCUCCAAGAAUUGCUAAUGGACUAGUUUCUGGAGUCUCCGUUGAGGCAUAUCUGGAAGACAACAAGAAAUGGAAGAAGCAUGUUAGUGCUUAUAAGAAAAUUAACAAACUCAUCGAUACAGGAAGGUACCGUAAUAUCAUGGACAUGAAUUCUGGACUUGGAGGUUUUGCUGCUGCUCUUCAAUCUCCCAAGUUGUGGGUUAUGAAUGUUAUGCCUACGAUAGCCGAGAAAAAUACCUUGGGAGUCAUAUAUGAACGUGGACUUAUUGGAAUUUAUCAUGACUGGUGUGAAGCAUUCUCUACGUACCCAAGGACUUAUGAUCUCAUUCAUGCUAAUGGUCUUUUCAGUUUAUACAAGGACAAGUGCGACUUUGAAGACAUUCUCUUAGAAAUGGACCGUAUUUUGCGGCCAGAAGGAGCUGUUAUUCUGAGAGAUGACAUAGAUGUUCUAAUUAAGGUAAAGAAGAUAAUAGGAGGUAUGAGAUGGGACUUCAAAUUGAUGGAUCAUGAAGACGGCCCCCUUGUUCCCGUAAAAAUACUGGUAGCAGUCAAACAAUACUGGACUGUGGGGGAUGAUAAUUCCACAUCCACACGAUAAGAUGCCAGUGAAGACUGUGAUGGUGCUCCUGAUCGAUGCCAUUUGUAUUGGAUCCAAGGACCAGUACUUCAAUCAUCAAAGUUCAAUCAGUAGCUUAGAACCUUCAAUGCAAGAAAUUUUUGGUCGAUGAGACGAGGCUAUUUGGUGUAUGUAUGUUUAACCUUCUGUAUUGAUGGAUCCAUAAAUUAUAUUGUAUGCUAUUAUGCUUUGUAAAACAUGCAUUCAUUUAUUUUUCUUUCCUCUCUUUGAAGCCCCACACUACAUGAUGGAUCUUUUCUGAAACUGUUGAUGUAUUCUUAAGAGCAUUUUCUUCCCUGAUGAAAAACAGAUCUUGUAAUGUGUUCAAUCAAGUGGGGAAUGAACACUUAGCUUUUCUGGUC